GAAGUGUUUAACUAUGGAUAUAGAAUCUUCAACUUACUGCCCAGGAAGUGCACCUCCAUCACGGCAUAUAAUCCUUUAUAUACAACACAAGGUGGUUCUUCGCAAUCCUGAAUAUUCACAUCCAGUGGAAACGGCUUGUUUUUGCCUGAAAGAAAAACAACAGCAUUCAAAUUUAAAUUAGCCGGCGAUUGGUUCGUUAUCGAUCUCGAUUGGCGCCAUCGAUGUCAUCGGAAUAAUACCAUCUCUAGCUAAGGUAGUUCAAAAAAGGUAAACAAAAGAUAUAUCAAGCUUAACUUAGCCAAAAAAUAUAGUAAUGGACACUGUGGAAGUAGAUGUGAAGCGUCUCCUGCUGCUAAAGUUUGCUGGUCUGACGGCGGAACUCAAUCCAAGUGGUUAUUGCAUCAUAAGAGGAGUUCUAUGCAGUGAUGGAGUGUGGCGUAGCCUCAAGCUUUACUUACCCCACUACCCAGCUCUUCAUGGUUUGCAGCUGUAUGUGCAGGAAGGCUUGGUGUAUAAGUUGUAUACAUCGGAUAACCUUAAGCUACAGGAUGACUGGCUUCUGGAGGACUUGCUGGACAAUCUGGGAAAGAUUCUUCCUGCCAAGAAAGUCCCAACAACGUCAAAGGAAUUACAGCAGCAGGGGGACGUCUAUUCCGAUAUCCUAGAACUGUGCAAAUCCAAGGAGUACUGCAUGCAAAUUGAUGAGGACUGCACAAUCCUUCGUAUCUGCGAAUUCUGCGACUUUGAGCAGCAUUACUUGGAGCUGGCGGUUCCCUCCCUACGCCUGAAAGAUCACAGCCUUCCAGAAUGCAUACCAUUGGGUGAAAUACUGACCAAGAGUGCGGGAACACUAGAGCAGGUCCUAGUCCUUUUCCGCAAACUCCUGGAGGAACUGCGUCCCUUCUACGACAACUUCAUGGACAUCGACGAGCUAUGUCAUGUGCUCCAGCCGUCGCCCAUCACCACCAAGCACAACACACGCGUUUUUCCUCUCAAGGAUCGCGUCUAUUUGAAGUUGACCAUCACUGAUCCCUUUGCCUGCAUCGCAUCCAUGGCUCUGAAAAUCAUAGGGCCCACGAAUGAGGUGUCCGAACUGCGUUACGUACUCAGCGAUGGCCUAGGCAACUGGGACUCCGAGCUGGACAUCCACAAGAACCUGCUGCGAAUGUUCGACUUGUGCUACUUCCCCAUGCCCGACUGUUCUGAUGGCCCCAAGCAGGAUGAGGAGGAUAACGAGGAGUUGCGCUGUAACAUUUGCUUUGCCUAUCGCCUGGAUAAUGGCGAUGUGCCCCUCGUGUCCUGUGACAAUCCCAAAUGUGUUCUCAAGUGUCAUGCCGCCUGUUUGGAAGAGUGGUUUCAGACGCUGAUGGAGGGCAAGACCUUCCUGGAGGUCUCCUUUGGCUUGUGUCCCUUCUGUAAGGCGAAAUUGUCCACCUCCUUUGCGGCUCUUCUUAAUGAUUGAAAAUAAUAUAGCGAUCCCAUUUAAAUAAUAAAAGCCACUGUUUAAGAG